ACAGGAGAGAAACCGUAUUAUUGCUUAGAGUGUGGGAAGAGUUUUGCUCACAUUAGUGCCCUUAAGAUACACCAGCGCAUUCACACAGGAGAGAAGCCGUAUUUCUGCUCAGAGUGUGGAAGGAGUUUUGCUCAUCAGAGUACCCUCCAACAACACCAGCGCAUUCACACAGGAGAGAAGCCAUAUUACUGCUCAGAGUGUGGAAAGAGUUUUGCUCAUCAGAACCAUCUGCAACAACACCAGCGCAUUCACACAGGAGAAAAGCCAUAUCAUUGCUCAGAGUGUGGAAAGAGUUUUACUCAAAGUAGUGCUUUUAAACUACACCAGCGUGUUCACACUGGAGAAAAGCCAUAUCACUGCUCAGACUGUGGGAGGAGUUUUGCUUAUCAGAGUCAUCUCCGACAACACCAGCGCAUUCACACAGGAGAGAAGCCGUAUCAGUGCUCAGAAUGUGGGAAGAGUUUUACUCAGCAGAGUUCCCUUAAAAUACACCAGCGCAUUCACACAGGAGAGAAGCCGUAUCACUGCUUCGAGUGUGGGAAGAGUUUUACUCAGCAGAGUUCCCUUGAAAAGCACCAGCGCAUUCACACAGGUGAGAAGCCAUAUCACUGCUUAGAGUGUGGGAAGAGUUUUGCUCACAGUAGUGCUCUUAAAAUACACCAGCGCAUUCACACAAGAGAGAAACCAUAUCACUGUUCAGAGUUUGGGAAGAGUUUUGCCCUUGAUAGGGCUCUUAAAAAACACCAGCGCAUUCACACAGGAGAGAAGCUGUAUCAGUGCUCAGAGUGUGGAAAGAGUUUUGCUCUUCAUUGUACCCUCCAACGACACCAGCGCAUUCACACAGGAGUGAAGCCGUAUCAGUGCUCAGAGUGUGGAAAGAGUUUUGCUCAACAGAGUAACCUCCAACAACACCAGCGCAUUCACACAGGAGAGAAGCCAUAUCACUGCUCAGAGUGUGGAAAGAGUUUUACUCAACAGAGUAACCUCCAACACCACCAGCGCAUUCACACAGGUGAGAAGCCAUAUCACUGCUCAGAGUGUGGAAAGAGUUUUGCUCAACAGAGUAACCUCCAACACCACCAGCGCAUUCACACAGGUGAGAAGCCGUAUCACUGCUUAGACUGUGGACAGUGUUUUGCUCGACUGAGUAUUCUCCAACAACACCAGCGCAUUCACACAGGGGAGAAACCGUAUUACUGCUCAGAGUGUGGGAAGAGUUUUGCUCGUUCAAAUCAUCUCCGACAACACCAGCGCAUUCACACAGGAGAGAAGCCGUAUAACUGCUCAGAAUGUGGGAAGAGUUUUGCUUGCAGUAGUGAUCUUAAAAAACACCAGCGCAUUCACACAGGAGAGAAGCCGUAUUUCUGCUCAGAGUGUGGAAAGAAUUUUAUCAGGCAGAGUCAUCUCCGACAACACCAGCGCAUUCACACAGGAGAGAAGCCGUGUCACUGCUCAGAAUGUGGGAAGAGUUUUGCUUGCAGUAGUGAUCUUAAAAAACACCAGCGCAUUCACACAGGAGAGAAGCCGUAUCACUGCUCAGAAUGUGGGAUAAGUUUUGCUUGCAGUAGUGAUCUUAAAGUACACCAGCGCAUUCACACAGGAGAGAAGCCGUAUUUCUGCUCAGAGUGUGGAAAGAAUUUUAAUAGGCAGAGUCAUCUCCGACAACACCAGCGCAUUCACACAGGAGAGAAACCGUAUUUCUGCUCAGAGUGUGGAAAGAGUUUUGCUCUUCAGAGUUCCCUCCAAAAACACCAGCGCAUUCACACAGGAGAGAAGCCGUAUCACUGCUCAGAGUGUGGGAAGAGUUUUGCUCGACAGAGUCAUCUGCAACAACACCAGCGCAUUCACACUGGAGAGAAGCCGUAUUUCUGCUCAGAGUGUGGAAAGAGUUUUGCUCUUCAGAGUUCCCUCCAAAAACACCAGCACAUUCACACUGGAGAAAAGCCAUAUCACUGCUCAGAAUGUGGAAAGUGUUUUACUCGACAGAGUUCCCUUGAAGAGCACCAGCGCAUUCACACAGGAGAGAAGCCGUAUUACUGCUCAGAAUGUGGGAAGAGUUUUGCUCGACAGAGUCAUCUGCAACAACACCAGCGCAUUCACACUGGAGAAAAGCCGUAUUUCUGCUCAGAGUGUGGAAAGAGUUUUGCUUGACAUAGUCAUCUGCAACAACACCAGCGCAUUCACACUGGAGAGAAGCCGUAUUUCUGCUCAGAGUGUGGAAAGAGUUUUGCUCUUCAGAGUUCUCUCCAAAAACACCAGCGCAUUCACACUGGAGAAAAGCCAUAUCACUGCUCAGAAUGUGGAAAGUGUUUUACUCGACAGAGUUCCCUUGAAGAGCACCAGCGCAUUCACACAGGAGAGAAACCAUAUCACUGCUCAGAGUGUGGAAAGAAUUUUGCUCAUGAACGUUAUCUCAAACGACAUCAGCGAAUUCACACAGGAGAG